CCUGUGGUCGCCGCCUCCCUUUCUCUUUCUUGAAAAACUAACGGCCGGGGUGGCCUUCAACCGACUGCUCUGCGGUGCGAAAUGAGAAUGGGAAAUAGGAAAAUUAAGGUCGAAAAUUUUGGUCUAGAAGGUUGCAUGGCCACGUUCCUUGACUGUGUUUAAUGGCAGAGGAGUUUGGGUUCCCGUCUCGGUAAGUUACUCGAACCCAAAGAACCGGCGUUUGAGGACAGGGGGCUCCAACUAUAAAAGGCACACCCGGUGGGUGGAAAUUGGAUUUCUGAAAUGGCGGAGGGGAAUGCGAAGGGUCCUCUGUUCGUCGAACUGAACACCGGCGCAAAGAUGCCGUCAGUCGGACUCGGGACGUGGCAGUCGGACCCCGGGCUCGUCGGCAACGCCGUGGAAGUCGCCAUCAGGGCUGGAUAUAGGCACAUUGACUGUGCUCGUAUCUAUGACAAUGAGAAAGAGAUAGGGAUUGCUUUAAGGAAAUUAUUUGAAGAAGGCGUAGUAAAGCGUGAAGAUUUAUGGAUUACCUCCAAACUUUGGUGCAGUGAUCAUGCACCAGAGGAUGUCCCUGUGGCACUCGAUAAAACUUUACAGGAUUUGCAGCUGGACUAUCUUGACCUUUAUCUUAUCCACUGGCCAAUGCGGACCACAUCAUUUGAAGAUACCUUCAACCCAAAGUACUUUGCCGCUGUUGACAUUCCCACUACUUGGAAAGCAAUGGAAGGGUUAUAUGAUUCUGGGAAGGCUCGUGCUAUUGGUGUGAGCAACUUCUCCUCGAAGAAGUUGAGUGAUUUGUUGGCAUAUGCAAGGGUUCCACCAGCUGUCGACCAAGUUGAGUGUCAUCCAGGCUGGCAACAAACACGACUUCGAGCCCUUUGUCGUGCAAAGGGUGUUCACCUGUCUGCCUAUUCACCAUUAGGUUCACCAGGUACACCAUGGCUGAAGAGUAAUGUUCUAAAGAACCCUGUGUUGACUAUGGUCGCCGAAAAGCUGGGCAAGACACCAGCUCAGGUGGCUUUGCGUUGGGGACUACAAAGUGGACAAAGUGUUCUCCCUAAAAGCACCACUGAAGCCAGGAUAAAGGAAAAUUUUGAUAUAUUGGAUUGGUCCAUCCCAGAUGACCUGUUCUCCAAAUUCUCUGAAAUAGAACAGAGGCGGUUGAUUCGAGCUGAUUUCUUCGUUCAUGAUCUGAGUCCCUACAAAAGCGUUGAGGAAUUAUGGGAUGGGGAGCUGUAAGCUUAUCGUCUCAUGUUUUGCUGAAUCAUUGCGGAGCUAGUGGGGGAGCCUCAUGCAUUAGUAGCACCUAGUGAUAGUCUCUUCUUAUAACUGAAUGGUUUGAUUGUGUUUUAGAACGCUGUCUUGUUGUCUGAGUGCACUGGGAAUGUGAAUGUUAAAAGAAAUAAAAGCGUGUGUAUGUUAUCAUUUCUUUGAAGUUUUAUGUAGUCAGUCAUCUGAGUC